CCGCCGGCCCAGGCGGUGGAGUGCAGAGCACGCCGCGCCGUCCGGUCGCCGCGCCGGCCAGCUUCGGGCGGCGGUGCCCUCCCUGCCGGGCGCACGCGACCGUCGAGCGGGAGCCUCGCGGCGGUUUCCAGCGCCCAGCCCCGGGGAAUGCGGCGCCCCCCGGCCUCUGGCGCCCCUCGGUGUCUUGGCUGGGCCUCCUCGCUCGUCUGCUCCGUGGCCUCGACGCUCCCGGGCCCCCCGAUGGCGGCGAAGUGGUUCAAGGAGUUCCCGCUGACUCUGAAGACCGCGUCGGAGCGCGCCAGGCCCGGGGGCGCCGGUGGCAAGCCGCGCAAGAACUCGGAGACCGGCGGCGCGGCGCCCACCCCGGGAAAGGGCCGCAAGAACUCGGCGGCCGAGCUGGGAGGCAGCAGGGCGGCCAGCGGCCCCCCCAAGGACAGCCGGCUGUCCAGGGACAGCCUGCAGGGUCUGAUCCAGGCCGCGGCAGGCAAAGGCCGUAAGAACUCCCGGGUCACCGCCGCCGCUACGGCCACCACCACCGAGGAGGAGCCCCAUCGGGCUGCGGUGGCCAAGAGCACGGGCUGCAGCACCUAUAUCAGUAGGCUCAUCAAGGUGGACACGCAGGAGAAGAAUGGUAAGAGUGGCUACCCGGGCGGCGGCAGCACCAGCGGCUCCGGCAGCUCUUCUUCUUCCGCGUCCUCUUCCCCAUCCUCCCUGGGCCCCGAGCUGGACAAAGGCAAGAUAAUGAAACAGCAUGACAUGGUCAUCAUUUUAGAAGAUUAUGCUGACCCAUAUGAUGCCAAACGUACAAAAGGUCAAAGGGAUGCAGAGAGAAUGGGUGAAAAUGAUGGCUACAUGGAGCCCUACGAUGCACAGCAAAUGAUAACAGAAAUCAGACGCCGUGGCUCCAAAGACCCCCUGGUGAAAGCCCUGCAGCUGCUGGAUGGCCCAUGUGAGCCAGGGGACACCAUGAAGGCAGAGGCCACAGCCAAGAGACGCAGCUCCAAGGACCUUCUGGGGAAGCCGCCGCAGCUCUAUGACACCCCAUACGAGCCCUCAGAGGCCAGCCAGUGGGUGGCAGACAGCAGGCUGCCAGAGGAGGAUGACCGGCCUGCUGCUGAGUAUGAGCAGCCCUGGGAAUGGAAGAGGGAGCAGAUCGCACGAGCCCUGUCAGUCCAGUUUGAAGGAACUGAUCGACUUCAAGGCAAAGAAGAGGCAGGGAGACAGUACCACUGGCAGAAGACCUUAAAACCAACCCUUUCAGAUCAUGGUGAUGGGGAGAAGGUGGACCCAGGCCUGGCCCUGGAAAAGCAGCCUUGGUAUCAUGGCACCAUUUCCCGAGCUGAGGCUGAGAGCCGACUCCAGCCCUGCAAAGAAGCUGGUUACCUGGUCCGAAACAGUGAAUCAGGGAACAGUAGGUACUCCAUUGCACUGAAGACUAGUCAAGGGUGUGUCCACAUCAUAGUGGCUCAGACAAAAGACAACAGAUACACUCUGAAUCAGACCAGUGCUGUGUUUGAUAACAUCCCUGAAGUGGUACACUAUUAUUCCAGCUCGAAGUUGCCUUUCAAAGGGGCAGAACACAUGACCCUACUCCACCCUGUGCACAAGCCUCAUUAAGGUCCAGACAGCAAGAGCCCCGGCACCUGAAAGGGCAUCAGCACCCACCAUCGUCACGUGGAAAGGACUCUUCUGCUGUAGAUCAGGAGUCAGGUGCUUAGAAGUCAAACAAUCUGUGGCCUUAGCUCCAGGGCACGUGGUUCUGAUCUGUUUUCCCUCUCCCUGCCAGGUAGCUCUGCUGUAUGAAACGCUUGCCCGUUACCUUCUCUCUUGGAGUAGUAGUUCUGUUUGGGGUGGGACCCUUAGGAAAGGCAGGUCAAGAGCUCAGGAACUCUGAACUUGUGCCGGGGUGCCUGGCCUCUGGACCACAUAGGCUGGAAGAUCUUGCAGCAUGAGCUGCUCAUGGGGAAGUGGAUGGACAGUGGGAAAUGGGAACAAUGGACAGGAAAGCUGCCUUUCUCUGUGUCCUGCCACAGCUGUGGCCUUCACACAGCAUCUACAACCUGAGAGCUACACUACAGGGCUGUUUGGUUGUUGGCCUUCCUGAGACUGGUAUUUGCUUUCUUGCUUUCUCUCAUUUUUUCAGAGUCAGUACUACGAGCAAAAACUGGAGGAUCCCAGAUUAAAGUGUUACUGCCAUAAUCAAGCAAUGGCAUCCCUUAUAUGAUUCUGAUUAUUACCAAGUGUACUCCAAAGAUUUGGUUUCUGAUUUUUGAAAAAACUUUACAGAGUUCAACGACUGUUUUGUUGUUGGAUAAUUACACAGCACUUCAGACAUCUUUUUUUUUUUUCUCUCUUUGUGCAUUUUAAUUGCAGGAAAUCAUCUUUAGGUUUUUUUGUUAAAAUUAGAUUUGCUUUGUAUUUUUAGCAAAUUAAUAUUUACAACAAAAUUGGGAUCCAGUUGUAUGAACUGGAAAUAUUCCCCCUUAUGUACAGAACAAACCAAUGUUGUAUCUUACAGAAGCACUUUGAAAGACACUGAGGCGCUCUGUACUGCUCUAAUGUGAUAUGUCAUUGUCUGUUUAUGCUUGUGAUCUGUCUGUUGUGGGCAAUCUCAUGGGAGUGGCAUGCCAUGGGUAGACAUGAUAGGUGACGGGCUGAACCAGAACUGGAUGAACGUUUCUUGCUCAGGUUUGUAAACUGGGUCUCAAGACUGUUCCCAAGACAAUUCACUGACCAAGCUCGGGUGAAAAGUGAGUACUUGUCACUUCUUUCAGAUGCACAAGAAAUAUUAACCUGGCCAGACUUCUUAGGAGAACACAGCUUCAUACUCAGCUUCGUCACUGCCUGAUGGACACCUGGGCAGACUUUUCUUCUGUUUCAGUGAGGAUCUUAGCGAAAGGGUUGUGGGAUAUUUUGCUUUUAAACGUUGAAAGGGACUUUUUCUCAGUGGAGCAGUGCUCUUCACAGAGGCUGCUCUCACAGUACUGAUGGUUGUUUUGGCCCCCGUGUGUGUAGUACAGGGCAUUUCGUGUUAAAACUUUCAGUAGCCACAGUUCCAAUCCCAUCCAGCAAACUUUUAUUAUCAUUUAGUACCUUCUAUAUGUGCAUUGUUUGCUGUGUUAAACCUGUUUCUAGGUCAUUAUUCUAGCCAUGGAGCCUUAUUUUUGGCUUAGCCUUCCUUACUCUUCAAAGGAAUGCUUUGAGAAUUAAUGCUAAGAGAAUUAUAAACGCUUCUGUGUGGCAGGAUCUGGGCCCACACCCAGCGACUCUGAUGAACGCAGGCCUGGCAUAUCAUUGUCACCCAGGCUUCUCCGUGUGCCCAGUGUGUUCCCUCUAUAUUUGCUUUACAUGACUGAAAAUGGAGGAAACAGUUUAUAUACAGUCUAGUCUUCAUGGUAGGGGGGUGGGGGCUAUAAAAAGGAAAAGUGUCAUACAUUAGUGGAAGGAGCAUGUUAAAGCUGCUGUUUUCUUCCUAAGUUGUGACACAGGGGACAGAAGCCAGGGAGCUCACAGCUGGGAGGUGGCAUAUGGUGCCCUAUGUUCUAAAACAACAGGUCCCAGCAGGAAGUCCUAACCAUCACUGGUCAGCCUGGGCCAGCUGAGCGCGAGCUCUGAGGCUUGUCCUCCUAGCUCCAGAUAUUUGGGGUCUUUGUCAUUUUCUCCUGAUAAACAUAUUUUUCUGUUAUCUUCAUUCCUUUGAAUUGAUUCUGUCUCCCAGAAAAAAAAAAUUUUUUUUCUAGAAAAAUUGUCUUUUGGUGAACCCUCAAGAUGCCUUGAACAUCUGUAGCAUUUAUAGAGCUGUCCUUUUGUUCUUUAGAAACACUUCUUUUUAAAAACUGCUCUGUUCCAGGUUACUGACUUAGACAGGAACCACUGAGAAUGGAGGGCACCUGUAAGUGGCAGAGGCAAGAAUUCAAAACUAGCUUGGGCAACAGAGUGAGAGUGUCUCCAAAAAGAAAACAGAAAGGCAAAUGAUUUCUCUAUUUUCUGUGGUAGCAUAGCAGUUUCUAUCAGGAUAUGUUUUAACAACUUCUUCUGGUGGCACAGGCCAGCAGGAUAUGCUGAGCGGGCAGGGAUGGGAGGAUCCUGAGUUUGAGCUUCCUCCUAGGUUCCACCUUAGGAGUAGAGAGACAUGGCUCAGAGGUUGAAAAGACUUGCUGCUCUUCAGUUCCCAGCACCCACAUGCAGCCCAGUUCCAGGGCCUCUGCUGCCCUCUUCUGGCCUAUAAGGGCCCCGACAUGCACAUGGUUCACACAUCUAUAUACAAACAUUCA